UGAAAUGUUAAUUUGUCAUGACUAUCUCUAUCUGUACUGCUCCAGUACUAUGUGAAUAUUUUCUGCAAUAGCUGCAAUUAUUGAUGAAACAGUUUACUUUCAUCAGUCAAUAUGAAUGUAUCUAUUGUGCAAUGAGCAUUGCUCAGUGCAAGUGCUCACAAGCUGAUGCAAACAACACCUACGUACAUGCAUGAUGUAAUCUCAAUUAUUCUACAUUACAAUAUUCUCCAAAAAUGGCCAAGUUUGAGCCAAGAAGAUAUAUUAUUUUGUACUUUUUGAUCUCCCUGCCAGUGGAAGGAUCUGGUACCAAUUAUAAUACAGUACCAAUUAAUACAUUAAUAAAAAUGUUUUCUCUCUCUUUCUAGUCAUAACGGUGCCUCUUCCUUCAUCAGUGACAGUUCCUAUCUAUACAACAGCAACUUUGACCUGUGAAGGAAAUGGAAAUGAAUUGAUUUGGCUGGUACCACCUGACAUUCAACAACAAAGUGAUGUAUCCUUUACUGAUCCUGGUAUUGGUCCUGGUAACUUAUCCUCAGUACUUACUAUCACUGGGUUACCUGUUAAUAAUGGAAUACAAAUUGGAUGUCAGAUAUCAUCAUAUCCACCUCUUGAACAAGUAGAAUCUUAUUGUAGACUAACAGUAACUGGUGUAUCACCAGUUCAAGAUCUUCAAUAUAGUUUCACUUCAAAUAAUUCAUUACUGGUAACAUGGUCGCCUCCUGUUUAUUUCUCCAAUGAUGUCCCCAUUGGAUCUCCUAUCAGUUAUCAAGUGUUAGUUGUUGAUGAAGAAGAUGGAGAUGUCAUACUGGAUACAAUUACACCUAAUAUGUAUAUUGCAGUGGCUAAUGUCACAGAAUGUGAUGCAUUUAAUAUCAGUGUAACAGCUCUAUUUGUUCAAUAUACAUCAAAUAACAAAACUGAAAGGAAUAAUGGAAAUUAUUCAAUUGCUGAAUACAACACACUGCCACUGAUACCUUCUAUUUCUUUUGAACUUGGUUGUCCUCCAUCAAAAUGUCUUGUCUCACUAAUGGAUGGGAGCACUGAAGUUACUGAUAUUAUUAAUGAAACUGAUCAUAUAAUUGAAUUCAAGUUAUUACCUUUCAGACAUUAUGAACUAACUGCUGUUGUUAAGAAUCUUAGAGGAAAGACCAAAGCAACAUAUAACACUUCAGCAUCUACAUUCCAUACACAAGAUGUUAUCAUCAGUUCUCCAUAUACCAAUGGAUCAGUUAGUGUACAGUGUGUGUUUGUAUCAGGAUCAAUUGCCGAUAUAUGUCAUGUGAUAUUUACUGGCACUCAUCAAGAAUUAGUUCUUAAUAUAUCACUAGUCCAAGAGCCUACACUGGUAGCGCUGCCAGCUGGUCUUUACACAGUGACAGCAUAUGACAUCAUUAAUGGAGCAUUAUAUGGACCUGCUGUGUUUUAUGCUACACUAGUUGAAAUUAUUAAAAUGAAACCUUUAACUUCCACCUUUUCUAUUAUUAUAAAUACAAAUGCUGAUACUGGCAGGAAUCAGACAGUACCUUUCCAUUCAUCAUCACUGACAACAUCAGACAUUAUAGCUAUGACUCCUAGCACUUAUAUUAAUGAUCAUACCAUGUCAUCACAGGAUAGUAAUACAGUGCCGUUACUUUAUAUUAUUAUACCUGUUGUUGGAACUAUAAUGCUCACAGUUAUAAUGAUAGUAAUAGUUACUAUUGUUGUAUUACAAUCGUUGAGAAGGAAAAGAAAUGAAGUAAAUGAAGAAAGAAUUAUUAAUAAUCCAGCAUAUGCACAAGUUAUACCAGCUCCAGAGUUUCCUCAUUAUGUCAAUUCACAGAUAUCAAGAGUCCUAACAAAUAACAAUCCAGCAUAUGAAACUGUGCUUUUUAUUGCUAAUAAUAAUAAUGAUCUAGUCGUAUAUGAAACUGCUCAGUAAUUAGCUCCUUUUAUUUUGCUUUUCACCAUUAAUAGAAUAACAGUAAUGUCAGUAAUGAGUGGAUUCAAUUUUGCAAGUUGCUGUAAUAUAGUCACUUUCAAACUCCAAAAAAAAUAAACAACAGACAA